CACUUGCAUGUUUUCUUUGUUUCAGCAUGGUUUGAAUACUUGAUACACAAAUACUUGCCUGACCGUCUGGUUGGUCAGUGCCUUCCAGUUUUUAUAUUGUCUCUCAGAAAUAAAAAAACCAGCCCUUUAUCACUGAGCACACACAAAGGCUGUGCUGAGUAGAUCAUCUGUGUAGAAAUGAAGGCUGCCGUCGCUCUGCUCCUGUUUUUGAGUCUCUUUAGACUGAGCUUCAGUCUCUACAGAAAACACUUCUUUGUGAAUACAUUAAUGACCUGGGAAGAUGCACAAGCAUACUGCAGAGAAUACCAUGAUGAUCUGUCCACUGUCAAUACAGAAGAGGCAAAACUGCUCUCUGCAAAUCCAGGAAUCAAUCAUGAAUAUUUUUGGAUUGGAAUGCACAUGAGUCCUAACAACCCACAACAAUGGAUUUGGUCUGGAGGUGAGGAUGAAGACAUUGACAAUUGGGAAAUUGGGGAACCGAACACAUACACUGAAAAGUGUGGCGUUGUAAGAAGAUCUAAUUCUAAACUGCACAAUGCUAUGUGCUCGUGGACUCUACCAUUUUACUGUAUGCAUGUCUUUGAACCCAUUCUGGUGCAUCAGAACAAGACGUGGGAUGAAGCCCUGGACUACUGCAGACAGACCUACACUGACCUGGCGAGUCUAAGAUCUCAGACAAUUAUGGCAGAGGCGAUAAAUAACGCUACAUCAUCCCAGACAGCUUAUGUGUGGACUGGCCUGCGCUUUAUGGCUGGUCAUUGGUUUUGGGUCAGUGGUGAUGAUCUUCAAUAUAAAGCCUGGUCUAAGGAGGGGGAGCUCCAGUGUCCUGCCAGAAAUCUGCGCUGUGGAGUUCUAGAUAGAGAAAAUAAUAUUUGGAGGCCGAACAAUUGUGAGGAUAAACUGAACUUUCUUUGUCUUAAAAAGCUAUAAAUGUGCUUCAUGUUGCAAUAUACAUACAUUUCUUCAUGUAGGCCUAUAUAUAAAAUUGAUUCUUUUAUAAAUCAUGAAUCUGUAGAAAUCUAUUGCUUUACAGUAUGUAUGUAUGGUCGUUAAAAAUAAUGUUUUUUUAAUCUUUCAUUUUAGUC